CUGAACUCAUGAACCGGUUCAGAGCUGAUUCACACAUGGCACAUGCCAUCCUGACACUGCCUGUGUCAGAAAUCGCAAUUACGGCAAUUACAAACAUAUAAAAUAUUACAGUAUUAAUAUGUGUGAUAUAUAAUUUCCUACAAAGUAGCGCUUUUAUAAUUCAUUGUAACGCGAAAAUAACAUCGUUCAUAUGUAUUCUGACCAGAUUCUUUUAAAUAUUUAAUAUUCUCUUUAACUCGUUUACAAUUACUUUAUAUUUCCAUAAAAUUUUGAUUUGACACAGUAUUAUUCGACGUUCAUACGUUGUGCGAAUAUAUAUGUAUUAACGAAUCAUACAUCAAUAAGCUUUGAUAGACGAAUAACGUUUAAAGUAACAUCUGCAAUGGAAGUGGAACCAUUUAUUGCUAAUGGAGUUCGUAUAGACUCCAGUUGGAUUGAGCAAAUCAUUUUGCUUCUAGUGGAUGAGUUUGAUAUAUGUAUAGCAUGGGACGUAGAUGCUGCAGUAUUGACAGGAGCAUUUGCCUUAGUGGGAGGUGUGUUGGGGGGGUAUGCUGGGGGCAGAGUAGGUGCUGCUAUUGGGGCUGGUGUUGGAGGCAUCUCGGGAUAUGCUACUAGUAGACUUGUCUCAUUGAGAGAUGUAUGGGAUACUAUUAAAAGAAAUCUAAAAGAGCUGUUUUAUAUUAUUCUAAACUUCUUGGCUAGACUGUCUCCUGAUGACUAUAUGUGGGCAUUUGAGAUGUUGAUGUCAUGUGCAGCUAGUCGGCGAGAGCUGGUUAUGAAGAUAAUAGAAUUUAUAGCACAGAAAUUAGGACGGGAAGUCAUUUCUCGAAUUACUACUGCACAAUCUAUGCCUAUAAACGGCUAUUGAUCGUAAAUCUUGUAUUGUUUUAAUGUUUUAAGCACUUUUUUAUUGCUCAAAUAGAUGCUAGGAUAAUAUAAAUAUAUAUUUUUGAAAAUGAUAUCUCAGUAGAAAUAUUAAUGUAUUUUUUUAAAAACUAAUUUGUUCUGUUAACACAUUCAAUGCCACUAACCCGGAGUGGUAUAUGUGUUAAUUUUUUUUCUCAUGAUCUUGUACCUUUAGACAAUGUAGGGAGAACGUUAGACAACAUAUUUAUAACUACGAAACCGUCCUACAAUCUUUACUUAUUGUGUAAUGAUUUUUUUUAAAUAUUAAAUCAAACAACUUGAUACUAUAAUGUACCUACAGAUGUAACUAAAAAUGCCACAUCUAUAUAUAUA